AUGUCUAGGCCUGAAAUGGACGAGGUCCUAUUUGCUUAUAUUGUUAUGGCCCUUCACGUUGUAAGCUUAGUAUUGGUGCGAGUUGAUAAUGGUGUACAGAGGCCAGUUUACUAUGUAAGCAAAUCUUUGCAUGAAGCCAAGGUUCGUUACCUACCAUUAGAGAAGGCCAUUCUGGCGAUGGUGCACGUAACACGUAAACUCCCCCACUACUUCCAAUCACAUACAAUCGUUGUCCUGACCCAACUUCCGCUUAGGUCUCUGCUUCGAAGCGCUGAUUACACACGGAGGAUUGCCAAAUGGGGUACAAUCCUAGGAGCUUUUGACAUCAAGUACAUGCCUUGCACCUUUAUUAAGGGUUUGGUCCUUACAGAUUUGGUAGCUGAGUUCGUGAAAACCUCAUUACAAGAAAAGGUAGAGAAGCAAAGCAUGGAUGGAAAAUCAGUUGGUAUGGUCUCCUUGCAAGAGCCCUUAUCUUGGAAGGUAUAUGUUGAUGGUACAGCAAAUCAAAGGGGAGCUGGAGUAGGGCUAGUUCUAGUAUCUCCCGAGAAGAUCACCAUUGAGAAAUCAUUGAGACUGUACUUCUCGGCCACAAACAACAAGGCUAAGUAUGAGGCUUUAUUAGUAGGGAUGACCAUAGUUCAAAAAAUAGGCGGAAAAGCAGUAGAGAUAUUCUCAGCUUCAAGAUUGGUCGUAGGCCAGGUGAAGGGGGAAUUAGAAGCUAGAGACAUGAGAAUGCAGGAAUAUUUGAAUCAGGUUAGGCACUUACAAUCAGGGUUUGAAUCUUUCAACUUGCUGCAUAUCCCUAAGAGUGGAAACACACAUGCAAAUUCCCUGGCUACUCUUGCAACCUCCUCGGCACAGGGUUUACCUCAGGUCAUACUUGUUGAAAACUUGUGCAAGCCCACUGAGGUGAAAAGGGACAUGGUCCAAAUCCAUCAAAUCAAGGCAGGGCCUAGCUGGAUGGAUCCUAUAAUGUUAUUCCUUAAAAAUGAUAUCUUGCUCGAGGAGAAGUCAGAAGCUGAAAAGGUGCGAAGAAAGGCCCUUCAGUUUUGGCUGUCCGAGGACCAAAAAUUAUGCAAGCGCUUUUUUUCUGGGCCAUACUUGCUAUGUAUACACCCUGAAGCAUCAGAACUACUGCUUGAGGAGUUACAUGAAGGAAUUUGUGGGAGCCAUAUAGGAGGUCAUUUCCUUAAGGCUGUAGGGAAUAAAAGGUAUUUGCUGGUCGACACAGAUUACUUCACCAAAUGGGUUGAAACUGAACCAUUGGCCAAUAUCAGGGACGUGGAUGCUAAGAGAUUUGUUUGGAAGAAUAUUGUCACUCGGUUUGGGAUCCCUCAUACCCUCAUCUCAGAUAACAGCCUUCAGUUUGAUAGUAAGGCCUUUAGGAGGUACUGUUGUGACUUGGGAAUUACAAAUAGGUAUUCCACCCCGGCUUAUCUUCAAGGGAAUGGCCAAGCCGAGGCUUUUAAUAAGGUCAUAGUGAAUGGACUCAAGAAAAGGUUGGACGAUGCAAAGGGAAAAUUGGUAGAAGAGUUGUCACACGUCCUUUGA